AUGAAUCCUUCACGUUCAAUGGGAGUCAUCAAGCUCUUCAUUAUUACCUUAUUCGCUACGUUCCAAUGUGUCAAGAAUCCAAAUCUAUGUUCUGAAAAGCACAUUGAGAACAAUCUUCACUUGUGUAUUCAAGAAAUUAAAGGUCUUCCUAUUGGAAAUGAUUAUUUUUGUGAAAUCUACUUGGACGAUGCUCUCUACGCCCAAACGGCCUCCAAAACAGUAACGGAAACAUUGCCGUGGUCGGAGGAAUUUAGUUUCACUCACGUGCCUUCUUUCAACGAGAUCCAAGUUCUUCUCUGGAUGUUCGUUUCAACUAUGGUGGUUGAGAAGGUGAAAAAUCGAAGAGCAUCACUCCCUCGUUCUGGUGUGGUCAGCGUUGGUAGUAAUGAACGUCUCUCCACCUAUCGAAUUUCUAUUCCCAAUCACUCCGACUCAAUUAUCUCCAUGGAGAGUGAAGUUUCCUCUUCUACAGAGAAUACCAGUGUGCUGGAUGACGUUAGGAGUAGAAAAAGACGCCGACCGAUGGGCAUGUCCGGCAAGAAAGCGUCGGCCAACCUUCUUUUAAUAGGAACAUUUCACUACUCUAUGCCUCGCUUCAGCGCUCGAUCAGUAGAUUCCUAA